ACGCCUUCUUGUCUUGUUGCUCCAGUUGUAUUUUGUGUGAGAAGAGGAAAGUAGAACGAAAUGUCAACAAGAGGCCGGUCUCCUUCUCCACGCCCCGUCCAGGAUGCAGAUGUUGACAUGGAAAAUGAGGAGAACGGCGAAAAAAAGGAUGCCAAAGUUGUCGUUGUGAAUGGCCUUUCUCGCAAUGUGGUUCAUUCACAUCUACAGACAAUAUUCGGUUUUUAUGGAGAGAUUACAAAGGUUGAUUUACCCUUAUUCUUGAAGUCCGGUCAGAACAGAGGAAAGGCUGCUGUGGAGUAUGCCGACUCAGCAUCAGCUAAUAAAGCUGCAUCGCACAUGAACGGAGGUCAGCUCGAUGGCCUGGUUCUAAAGGUCGAGCUAUCCGACCUUCCAAUCCGCUCGCGUUCGCGCUCUCCUCGUACACGGACGUGACCGCGACCGCCCUCGCUCUGUCUCUCGCUCCCGUUCUCGCUCACGAUCCCCACCACCCUACAGGAGGAGAGGGUUUGAACCUCCUCGCUAUGCAGAUAAUUACAGAGCGAGAGGAUAUGGCCGCAGAGGACCCCCUGCGAGAGAUACAUACCGCCCAGCCUCCCGGUCUCGCUCACGCUCACCUGUGCGGGGUGCAGGCCGUCUUCCACCUAGAAGAAGAUCUCCCAGCUACGAGCGCGGAGGGACAGGAUACGGUCGUGGGCGACGAAGCCGUUCAAGGAGCUAUUCUGUUCGCUCUAGCCGCUCUCGAACGAGAUCAGUCUCACGUUCUCGUUCCCGUUCAUCUUACUCCUCGUACUCGAGGUACAGCCGCAGCAGAACCCGGUCCAGGUCAGCAAGCCGUGGGAGGAGAAGUACAAGUAGAGAUGACAUUAGGGACAGCAGAUC